GCAGCGGCAGAUUUAUUACGGAGCCUCCACCCAGCUUGGCGGACUUUCAACUUGAAGCUGGGAGGAAGGGGACGGAGCAGGCAGUUGUGGGAGCCUCAAGCCCGCAGGCGACAGCCUGAGGCCCAGGAUGGCCAAGUUCCUUUCCCAGGACCAAAUUAAUGAGUACAAGGAAUGCUUCUCCCUGUAUGACAAGGAGCAGCGGGGGAAGAUAAAAGCCACUGACCUCAUGGUGGUGAUGAGGUGCCUGGGGGCUAGCCCAACACCAGGGGAGGUACAGCGGCACCUGCAGAUCCACGGGAUUGACAGAGAUGGAGAGCUGGAUUUCUCCACUUUCCUGACCAUCAUGCACUCGCAAAUAAAACAAGAAGAUCCAAAGAAAGAAAUUCUUUUGGCCAUGUUGAUGACAGACAAGGAGAAGAAAGGCUACAUCAUGGCGUCUGAGCUGCGGUCCAAACUCAUGAAACUGGGGGAGAAGCUCACCCACAAGGAAGUGGAUGAUCUUUUCAAGGAAGCAAAUAUUGAACCAAAUGGCAAAGUGAAGUACGAUGAAUUUAUCCACAAGAUCACCAUUCCUGUGUGGGACUACUGAACGAAGAGAAUUUCAAGAGAGCCUCCCCCAGGCCUGAAAACUCAGACUGUGAAGUUUUU